UACUUUAAGUGUAGGGGUGUAGAAAUUCUUGCUUGUUAAUGUGCUUUUAAGCCAAGCCAUAGAGCCCACAAAGCUCCAGAUUUCAAUAUCUAAUCUCCACAUAUAAAUAUUCACCUAAUGUUCACAAGGACUUGCAUAAAUCAAUUAGUGUUGCGAAACAUAAAGAACUGACAAUAUAAUGGAUAAAUUCUUCUUCAUUUCGAUUCUUGGUUUGCUGAUAGUGGCUCACGGAGUUACAGGAAAUAUGGCAUUUGACAGCAUUGCAAUGCUUGAGAAGCUUGAAACCUUUGACAUAGGAGAAGUAGAUGACACGGAGCUUUCCAAGGUUGUUCCAUCAUGGACAAGUGGACGUGGGGGCAAGGUUCUUGUCAAUGUUGAUAGCUUUGGUGCUGUGGGAGAUGGGGUUUCUGAUGACACUCAGGCCUUUGAAAAUGCUUGGAACACAGCCUGUACUACACCAAAAUCAGUUUUCUUGGUUCCUCCAGGACGGCAUUAUUUGGUUAAUGCAACGAGAUUUAAAGGGCCCUGUGCUGAUAGGUUGGUCAUCCAGAUAGAUGGAACAAUAGUGGCACCUGAUGAGCCUAAGAACUGGGAUCCAAAUCUUCCUCGACUUUGGCUAUACUUCUCUAAAUUGAAUGGAGUUCUCUUCCAAGGGAACGGAGUAAUUGAUGGCUCGGGAAGCAAAUGGUGGGCAUCAUCCUGCAAAAAGAACAAGUCAAAUCCUUGCAGAGGAGCACCAACAGCAUUAACUAUUGAUUCAAGCUCAGCUGUAAAGAUUAAAGGCCUUACUAUCCAAAACAGCCAACAGAUGCACUUUGUGAUUUCCCAUUCUGAUUCUGUGCGGGUUUCUGAUGUGCUAGUCUCGGCUCCAGAAGAUAGUCCCAACACUGAUGGAAUUCAUAUUACUGGAUCAACUAAUGUUGCUCUCCAGGACUGCAAAAUUGGAACAGGUGAUGACUGUGUCUCAAUCGUGAAUAGUAGCUCCAAUAUCAAGAUGAAGAGAAUUUUUUGUGGACCAGGACAUGGAAUCAGCAUUGGAAGUCUUGGGAAGGACAACUCCACUGGCAUGGUAACAAAAGUAGUCUUGGAUACAGCAUUCCUUCGGGAGACAACAAAUGGCCUCAGAAUUAAAACUUGGCAGGGUGGUCAUGGUUAUGUCCGUGGGGUACUCUUCGAGAAUGUGGCAAUGGAGAAUGUUGCAAAUCCCAUCAUUAUUGAUCAGUUCUACUGUGAUUCUCCAAAAACAUGCCAAAACCAGACAUCAGCUGUUGAAAUAAGUGAGAUAACAUACCGGAAUAUAAGAGGUACUACAAAAAGUUCAAAGGCCAUGAAAUUUGCAUGCAGUGAUACUGUUCCUUGCAGCAACAUAGUGUUGAGCAACAUCAACUUAGAGAAGGAUGGCACAGAGGAGACCUAUUGCAACUCUGCACAAGGCUUUGGGUAUGGUGUCGUGCAUCCCUCAGCCGACUGCCUAAGUUCCCAUGCCAAGAACUCUAAUGUCAUUGAUCAGAUGAAAAUUUCUGAGCUUUUUGAAACCAGUACUGAGGAUAUUAUUCACACCGAGCUCUGACUUGAUCUUCAAAGAAAUUAAAAUAAUCUUGUUAUAGUAUUGUAUUGUACUAAAUAGGGUGAGUGGAAUGUAGGACAUGCUAUUGCUGCUAGAUGAUUUUUCUGGGAGAAAUGCCAAUCUGCAGUGCUAAGGUUCUAAACGUACAGCAAGGAAAGAUGCUUCCUAUGUCAUAAGCUUCACAGAUUUGUGACAAUAAUAUACCAUUUAUAUUUUAUUUCUU